UUUCUUUAAAUACGUGUAUACAUGCCGUAUAUUACGCUAGAAACACAAAUAUAAACAGUGAAAAUACAUACUAAACAAAGGGUUCGCCCACUAUUUUGACGUGUUUCACUUGCGACGCAUGUAUUGAUGUGUCGUCAACAUUGUUGCUUGGGUCAUCCUUUGGGAGAUUUUGGAGUGACAUCAUGUUUCAUGGCAUACCUGCCUCAGGAGGAAUGGGAGGAGCCCCAGCCAAUAAACCAGAGUUGUAUGAAGAAGUGAAGCUGUAUAAAAAUGCCAGAGAAAGAGAAAAGUUUGAUAACAUGGCAGAGCUGUUUGCAGUCGUGAAGACCCUCCAAGCCCUUGAGAAGGCAUACAUCAAAGACUGUGUCACUCCAAAUGAAUACACUGCAGCAUGUUCCAGACUACUGGUGCAGUACAAAGCUGCAUUCAAACAGGUCCAGGGCUCUGAUGUGGGAUCCAUUGAUGACUUUUGCAGAAAGUACAGACUUGACUGUCCACUAGCCAUGGAAAGAAUCAAGGAGGACCGACCAAUCACCAUCAAGGAUGACAAGGGCAACCUGAAUCGCUGCAUUGCAGAUAUAGUCUCUCUCUUCAUCACAGUGAUGGAUAAGCUGCGUCUUGAGAUCAGAGCCAUGGAUGAGAUCCAGCCUGACCUGAGGGAGCUGAUGGAGACCAUGAACAGGAUGAGUAACAUGCCCCCAGACUCUGAGGCCAAGGAUAAAGUCAGCCUUUGGCUGACUACUUUGAGCAGCAUGUCUGCCUCUGAUGAACUGGAUGACUCGCAGGUGCGGCAGAUGCUCUUCGACCUGGAGUCUGCCUACAACGCCUUCAAUCGCUUCCUGCACUCCUCCUAGGCCACCCAGCCCCUGUCUGUGUGCCCUGCCCCUACUCCCCCUUUCCCCCCUCAACACUCUUCUGUUGUUUAACACACCAUCCUAUCUCGAGUAGUGAACAUCCACUCUGGCAAACACCCCCGCUCCCAACACUCGUAAUAAGUAGAUCUUUUACGAUGCCCCUUUGCCACUUUAACCCCACUUUUGCCCCACUGCCUUUAUAGUCCUACUGGUUGUACAAUACAGUGUAGCUUUGUACUGUUCUGUCCUGGUUUCAGUACAGUGGUCCCCUGUCUUUGAUGAUGUUGGUGUUUUUUUUUUAUAUAAGACAUGUAACUAAGAGUAACAAAACAAAUGUAAACCAAAUUGGGAAAAGACCAUUUGGACUGGAGCAGCAUCUGGGUCAGGUCGUUUCUGUUUUUACCAUUUUUUUUACCAUAGAUGAAGGAAAUACUAAAAGAUCAUUUUUCUUAACUAGAAAAUAGAGCUCUCUGACAUGUAUUUUUUUGCAAUUAGUAUUUUAACUCCUAGUAGCCAUUAAUUUUGUUCCCCUCACAUGGACACAAAAAGGGUUCGGGUUUUCUUUAGAGAAUCAAUAACGGUGUAAGAAGCAAAAAGAUGCACUUUGCAACAAUUCCUCUCCAACAUUCAGUCAUCAUUUGUACUCACAGUUGAGUUUAACAUGUACCUUUCUCUGGCCAUCUCCCAUGUUUCUGCUAGAAUGGGGUUGUUUUUUGAUAGUGUUUGCAGCUAUGUACAACCUGUUAUGUAAAACUUGGAAUCAAUGUCACAUGUUUUGAUUUCUGUUUUUAGAAAUCAAAACAUCUAGCAUCACCUUGGCCAGAUGUUGCUUUUGAAUCUUGCAUAGGACAGCUUAUUGUUUUAAUGUACAUAAUCUACCACUAAUAAGGAAAAUAAACUUCUUGCAAUCAGCCCAAAAACAACUUAUUGUAUUAGCAGCUCUUGUGAGGUAAUGUUCCAUCUUCUUGAGAUAGCAUUUCAUUAUACUCAUUUGACAUUAUCAUUAUCAUAGGUUCAUUUCUUCAUUCUGUUUAUAUAACUGAGAAUUCCUUCCCACUGCUAAAUCAUUUGAGGAAGGUUCUUGUUGGGCUUUUGGCUUUUUUCACACAUUAAACAAUGCAUAUUUAUUUAAAAUUUCUCUUUGUAAAUAAAACAGUUUUAAAUAAAAGCAUGUAAACAUUUUUAGAAAUUAUAAAUAAAAACCUACCUCUAAAA